AUGGGUUGUAUGAAAGCCAUUUGUGGUGGUAACCCCAAUAGUGACAUACGACCAUGUAGAGAGGAUGGGACUGAUUGUGGAGGGUUUAAUCAGGUUCGGUAGGUAAAAUACGAUGUUCAUAUGUCAAGUGCAAAAACUUUCUUUACAAGGCAAAAAAUGGCAAGAAAUUUCUUUACAAAACAAAAAAUGGCAAGAACUUUCUUUACAAAAUAAAAAAUGGCAAGAACUUUCUUUACAAAACAAAAAAUAGCAAGAACUUUCUUUACAAAACAAAAAAUGGCAAGAACUUUCUUUACAAAACAAAAAAUGGCAAGAACUUUCUUUACAAAAUAAAAAAUGACUAGAACUUUCUUUACAAAACAAAAAUAGCAAGAACUUUCUUUACAAAACAAAAAAUAGCAAGAACUUUCUUUACAAAACAAAAAAUGGCAAGAACUUUCUUUACAAAACAAAAAAUGGCAAGAACUUCCUUUCCAGCCUACCGUAACUUUAAAUUAUUACAUUUUAGAGCCGACCAUAUCAUUCUACCAGCCUCAGACAUAAUCUGUCCACUAGAGGAAGCUAUUUUUGCACCAUUCGAUGGUGAACUGUCCUACUUCCAACCGUUUGGCGGUGAAACCGACUUCCAAUGUGCUGAUCAAGGCAUCAGAAUCGAUGGUUCUGGCCAGUACCGAGGGUACCAUGUACUCAUCUACACGGUAGUACCGUUCAGAUACGGUGGAGAGGUGGUGGCUGGAGAGAAGUUGGGAACGGCAGGACAGUAUGAAUGUAUAUUGAGUCAGAAGGCUCAGAACCCGCAGAAUUACAUUAGAGUAGAGUUGUAUCGGGAUGGAAAGGCGGUGGAUAUCAGCAGUCAUUUGACUGAUUGUAAGUUGCAUCUUGAUAAAUAUACUUUUGGGUUUAGUUAGUUUAGAUUCUUUAGGCUUAGGCUCAAAUAGUUUUAGAAUUAGCAAGCUUAUGGUUAAAUUCUUAGUGAGCUUAGGUUUUGUAAAUUAAAGUUUAGUCUAGUGGACGUAGGCUUAAAUUUAGGCUUAGACUCACGAAGCUUACGCUUUGGCUCGGUAUUAGAAGGCUUACGCCUUUGGCUUUGACUUACUAGGUUUAAGUGUAGGCUUGAAAAAUUAGGCUGCUCAAAUUAGUCAACUUAGGCUUAGUAGGCUUAAGUUUAGUCGUCUUAGGCUUAGUUAGACUUAUUAGACAUAUGCCUCAUAGGCUUAGGCUUAAUGACUCUGGAUUCGCAGAUUAAAAAAUAAGCCUUUGCUUUGUACAUUCGGGUUUGUAAAUUUAAACGUAGUAGAGUUAUGCUUACUAUAUGUUAAUAAACCUUAGAAAAAAACCUUAGAUUCUUUAGUUACUAAUAUCCCGCUAAACGUGACAAUUCAUAGUAACACAGAUUGUACUACGUCUUGUUCUAAAAGUUGAGGUAUAUUCGGUACAAUUCCCUUGGUAGUACGUUAUUUAAUAACCAAUUUAUUUUAAGGUAUGUGCACGGGCCAGAUAUGUGAAACAAAUCACAAUAACCGGAUUAUUGGACAACCCUUUGAGUCUAAAAGGUAAGGCUUUCAAGGGCCAAAAAACGUCCUCAAAAAUCGUUGGGGUUUUGUGCCAAAAGCAGUUACAGCGAAUUUUUUUGGACCUCUUAGAAAAAAAUUUGGAUUGCUUCUAAAGAACUCCGGAUAUAACAAAACCCCGCUACCGCGAACAACUUUUCAAUAACUUUGCGAUUUGUUGUAUCGGGAGUUCACCGUAAUGUUUUCAGUAUUUUCAACGGAAUCCGAGGUUGGGAAAUUGCCUGUCCAUUACGAAAGGAAGACUCGGAAGAAGUCGAAGAAGCCUCAUAUGAAGACGCUCCACUGGCUCCAACUAUUUACAGGUAGAGUAGGGUAGGGUAAGGUAGGGUAGGGUAGGGUAGGGUAGGGUAGAGUAAGGUAGGGUAGGGUAGAGUAGGGUAGGGUAAGGUAGAGUAAGGUAGGGUAGGACAAGGUACGGUAGUCCACUAAUAUUUACUUUUCAGUCCAAUCGAAGGAGAAAUCAUCGGUCGAAUGAGGCUAAACUUCAAGAAUAAUGUCUAUUCUGGCUGUAGUAAUGAAGCAUUGUUCAUUCAAGGCACUGGUACUUGGACUGGUAAGAACUUUCUUUACAAAACAAAAAAUGGCAAGAACUUUCUUUACAAAACAAAAAAUGGCAAAAACUUUCUUUACAAAACAAAAAAUGGCAAAAAUUUUCUUUACAAAACAAAAAAUGGCAAAAACUUUCUUUACAACCCCAAAACCCUUCAAAACACUGUUAAAAAUUGUCACUAUUCCAGAUUACGACGUAAAAAUUUUCAAUGUGCGCUACCGUGAAGACCUCGGCUUUGGUCGCAAGCACAUUGCCCAAGGGCAGCCGGUUGGCCGACGUUUGGUCUGCUCAGAUUCGGCCGAUUCAAUUUUCAUGGAGGUCCGCUUUCAAGGUACUGUAAUCAACAUUACUGAUGCUAUUACUGCCACCUCUUGUCGUCAUAAACUGCCUGACGGAUUACUGUAA